GCAGCGCCUGACUUUGCUUCGACGACGGACGACGACGCUCGGGCGAAGGCGGAGGAACGGGCGCGCUCGGACGCGGACGUUGGGCGCUUGGCGCUGCUUUGCGAGCGUGGCGUGGAGUGGGAAAGCGACGCUGUUGCAGUUCUUGGGCUUUUUGCGGGCAUGCUCCAUGCAGCACGAUCGAGCCACAUUCUGCUGUAGCAGAAUCGCUGCAUGGUGAGGAGGAAGAGCAGGAUUCGAGUUUUCGACUCUUUUCGUUGUCGGCGUUCGGAUUUACGCCUUCAUCUGCUUUUUCGUUCUAAAUUUGUCCCGAUCUCAGCUGCUUUCGCUCGCGGUCGGAGCGACCUCCAAAUCUGGCCCAUUUCGUAUCCUGUAGUGCGAGCGUUUGGAGUUUCUGCGAUGGAUGAAAUUCCUGCCUCGUCGACCUUUGCUGACUGAUAUUUAUGCUGCGCUCCUUUUUGUCCGCCCUGCUCAGCUUUAUCUUUUCGCUCGAGCAGCGUCGACGUUCACGUCCAGAAUAACGCUCGCGGAAACUGCGGAAUCGACGGGAGAUUUGUUGAGGUAGGAUUUCAUGCCUGCGAAUUGAGCAGAUCGCAGAAAAAUUGGAUAUAAAGUCCCGGUUGAACGUUGCCAGCUGAGAAGCGCCUGCUUCCGCAAACCAUUCAGAGGAGAAAUCCUUGGCACGUCGAACACAAGCUUACCUAAAUUUACUUCAAUGUUUUGAUAUGCACUUCAUCUUCGAGUGUGAGCAGUGAACUAGCUCUCAGAGCUGAAGUGCAAGUCUGAAUCUGGGACAUCCGGGUUGCGUGCUUCUGGACAUUGAUCAACGCGAAUACUCGGAGAUGUUCGUUACACGACAAGCAUCUCUUUCAUAAACAACUCCGAUUUCAGUGAUUUGAUCGAAAGCAUUGUUUUGGAGGAGAAUAGACAACGGAAAGAGCACUUAUCGAUCAGCUGCUUUAUCUAUUCAGUGGGUAUGACGUCGGUUUCGGUGUUCUCGGAUUCUCCAGGGUCAGAAAGCACAGUGUCAGAGGCACCACCAAAUUCCGAGCAUACUACUCACUUCUCCUUUCCGUUUUCCAUGAUACGAAAUCAGCGAGCAGCGACGGUAACUUCAGUCCAGUCAGUACCAGUUAAACAGAAGUCACUUACAGAAAGGAUUCCCACAUUCAAGUCUCUCAUGGGCCAGGUUAGAGAAGAAACCAAGAGUAGUAGAGCUAGCUUGAGUGCGUCUCAAAGCUCCGAUGCAAGCCAACCAAAUGGAGUUCUUAAAUCUCAUCUUUCAAGGAAAGUAUCGAAAACGUUCGAAAAAGGAGCCACCAUUGUGUGGAAGGAUCUGACAAUCACCGUCUCCGAGAGGAAAGGAGCUGCGAGUAAGGCUGUGCAGGGUGUUACUGGGUAUGCUCGCCCGGGUUCCAUGUUGGCACUCAUGGGUUCACCCGAAUCUGGAGUUUCCACACUAUUGCAGGCGUUGGCAGGAAAGCUUCCGACUACCGCCAAAGUAUACGGUGAAAUUCUUCUGAAUGGCCACCCUCGAAAAUUCAGGAAUCGCACCUACGCUUACGUGAAGAAGCAGGAUGAACUCAUUGAAACUCUUACUAUUCGAGAAACUCUUUUCUAUGCUGCCCUUCUUCAACUUCCAGACAGGCUUCCGUGCUCCGAGAAACUAGCCCGAGUAGAUUAUUUAAUUUCAGAGAUGGAUCUUGAAGAUCUAUCAGGAGCACGUAUUGGGAAGUGUGGCGAAAUUGGAGCCCUUACGAGAGGAAAGCGGAGACGAGUUAGUAUAGCUUUGCAGCUCCUGACGAAGCCAUGGUUGGUCUUUGUGGAUCACCCAGUUGACUACCUUGACAGUGUAUCAGCAUUUGUAGUGAUGGGCGUGCUGAAGAAGUUGACAAAUGAAGGAUGUACGGUCAUAACCUCUAUUGAGCAAAUGAAUAGUGAGGUUUUCAACCUUCUUGACAAAGUUUGCCUCCUUUCUUCUGGUAAAACCAUCUUCUUUGGUAGGGCCACUGCUGCACUUGAGCAUUAUGCCAGUGCUGGUAUGCCCUGUCCGGCUAUGUACAACCCGGCUGAUCAUCUGCUGAGGGCUAUCAAUACAGAAUAUGAUCGAGUUAACGCUCCAUUCAGAUUUGCCCAGGAUUCUGAACAUGGAGAGAUGUGGGGUCAAAUGGAUACAGCUGUUAUCAUACGCACCUUAGAGACUAUGUAUCAAGCUUCAGGUGACGCGGCUUUGGUACAGUCGAUGGUCAGCCAUCUCUCAGAAAAGGAGAAAACAAUUCUUGACAGAGGAGGAUGUGCCAGUCCUUUUAUGAGACUUGGAAUAGUGACUUGGAGGUCGUUUCUGAAUAUGUGGAGGGAUUUCAACUACAUAUGGCUAAGGCUGAUUGUAUCUAUGUUGCUCACCAUCUGCAUUGGUUCUUUGGCCUCGAAAAUCGGACACUCUUACAACUCUGUAUCGGCAAGAAUCGCAGCAAUUUUCUCAGUUGUAUCUUCUCUGUCACUCGUUGCCAUCUCUGGGUUCCCAUCCAUACUGAAGGACAUAAAGGUUCACAUGCAUGAAAGAGAGAUUGGGUACACAGGAGUCCUAAUGUACACAAUAGGGAAUCUUCUCUCUUCAGCACUCUACUUAUUUCUUAUCGCAGUAACAUCGACUUCAGUUGGAUACUUCCUGAUGGGUCUCCAAACGGCCUUUAGCCCGUUCGUAUACUUUGUGGUCAACAUCUUUUUAUGCCUUUUGGCUAUCGAAGGCUUGAUGCUCUUCGUGGCAUCUAUAUUGCCGAGAGCUUUGGAAGGGAUCCUGACCAUUGUAGUUAUCCAGGUACUCAUGAUUGUAUUAGCGGGGUAUUAUCAAGUUUCAGGAGAUAUGCCUAAUCCUGUUUGGAAAUAUCCUGCUUCUUAUCUUCCAGUUCAUGCUUACGCCAUCGAGGGGUUGUUACAAAACGAGUAUGAAACAACAACUUUUGAUGCAGUGUCACGGCGUUCCCCACCCAUAUCCGGUAUAGAUGCUAUCAAAAGGGACUACCCAUUUGCCGUGACAGACAUUGGGAAAUGGAAUAUAUUGUUGGUCCUUGCGGGCAUGGCUAUUGCCUACCGGAUCUUCUUUUGUAUAUGCCUGAUUAUUUCUCAGAAGCUGGGCUCGAGACGGACUGUACACAAGUCGUCCACAUGACCUGGCCACAUUCUGGCAGUCAAUUUCCAGUAUUUCAUCCACCGUCAAUGAUCCCCUUAGACGGGAACAGGUAACCGUAUGAAGUUGUCUUGGAGGCGUUUCUUGAGGUAUCUAUCAUGGAAAAAACAUUAGCCCUACAACUACGAGUUUUGGAUCAUGUAUAUAUAUGUGAAAUUCUUCACCUCUUAGUUCAAUAUAGUGCUUCCGGUGGAAGUCAAUUGCCACCUUGUAUUUUAGUUGUCUGGCUCCUACCAUUUGGUUAGGAAUACAGAGUUACAGUAGUGUAAUGAAAAGGUUUCGGCCAAUUGCUGUUAUAAGUAGCGUAAACUCCUUGCGGAAUAGUUAGGUAGACUCGUAAAUUCUGAUAGGCUGAGUUUUUACGUCCAUUUAUAUUAUUGUACUGCAUUCCAUCAAUUUGGGAGUCAGUGCAUUCGCUGGAAGAAAAAUAUGUUUCACGUAAAGGCAUGCACGAGUUUCUGUU